UAUAUCAAGUGUCUGAUACAUACAGGUAAGUUUCUGAGUAACACAGAUAUCAGGAACCGAGCUCAUAUCAAACUGCUUCGAGGUAGAUUGUAUUGAAUCGAAUGAUAAUGAUGAAAUAUAAAAAUCUGACGAACGGGACGUAAUAACUGUGUUGAUGGUUUUGUACUUCUUACACUUACAUAGAAUAAUAAUCAUUAAAAACAAUAGCUUGUACUUCUGAGAUCAGCAUGUAGAAUAUAUAAUAUAAAUACUGUUACAUACAUGUAUAAGUACAAUACUUAACUUAUAAGCUGUAGUGGAAUUUCAUACUUGAAGACAGGACAUAAAGAAAGGUAAAUGUGUAGGUAAAUUUCACGAGAACAUGCAAACUAAACCAUGUAUUGCAAGGAAUUGUUGUUUCUACAGUUUAACAACAAAAGGAGAUAUUCUUUUAAAGAUGUGUUAUGCCAAAGUCUAAAGUAGGAAAAUGGAAACAGUUAUUCAAAGACAUGGCUAUAAGAGAAAUUUCGUUAGAUAACAUGUCUCUAAGUGAGGAAAUUAACCUAACAACAAAUGUUUCUUGUUCGGAACUUAGUGCACCGGAAAUGGAUAUUGUGUACAAAACAUUAUUGUUUUCGUGUUUGUCAAUUUUCAUACCAGGGGCUAUUAUUUUUAAUAUAAUUCUUAUAGUGCAAAUAAACAGGAAACGUACACAUAAGGAAUUUUCAAGGUUUUUCUUAACCUCAAUGGCGUCGGUGGAUUUAUGUGUAGGUUUAACAUUAAUGCCGUUUAGUAUAGCCAAUGAAUUCACUGAUACCAAAUUCCUCCUGGGCUCAAAGACGUGUCCAAUAAUCAACAGUUUGGACGUAAUGCUGUCAUCUGCAUCAAUAAUUCAUCUGUCAAUUUUAACAUUUGACAGAUACGUUGCUUUGUGUAGGCCAUUUUCAUACCGACGAAUAUGCAACAGACGUAAUAUGAUUGUGAUGUACAUUAUAUGCUGGUUACUUGUGGCUUCAGUUUCAUAUGGUUUAAUAAUUCCUGGACUUCACCAUAAAGGGAUUGAUAAACAUGUUAUAACUUGUGUAGUGCACGUUUUCAGCAGAUGUAGAUUAAUUGUAAACAUGCAUUAUGAGCUUAUCAUAUCUGCACUUACAUUUUUCAUUCCAGGAUUCCUUAUUUUAGGCUUAAACUUACGACUUUUGAGAUAUGUUCGCAAACAAAGCAGGAAAAGGAAACUGUAUCUCCGUGGCGAGCGAAAACCUAUGAAUAAUCAGAUGAACAACAAUGAGUCACAGAGCAUGCGCAUUGCAAGAACAUUAGCCGUAUUAACCGGAAGUUUCUUUGUUUGUUGGCUUCCAUUUUUUAUUGUAAAUAAAAUAUUAUUGUUCACAAAAUAUGAUGUUCCUUACAUUGUAGAAGUUGUAGUUCUGUGGUUGGGAUAUGCUAAUUCAUCCAUGAAUCCAUUGUUUUAUUUUCUGUUACAGAGCAAAUCAUGUAUUGGUAAACGAUAAAUACAAUAAUAUAUAUUUUAGGAAUCGCUGUUUUUGUAAGAAACAUAUCAAAUAUGCUUAA